AUGAGGAACAGAAGCGACCUGCAGAUGCCAACCUUUUCCCUGACCUCCACACAUUCAGUUAUUUCUCCUGGAGAAAAUAUCCAGUUCAGAUGCACAACACCUAACCCAAGAUGCAAUGCUAAUGCUGAAUUCCAGCUCUUCAGAAACGGACCAUCUGUAUCCUCCCAGAAACAUGUAUCUGGUGUGACUUUCAACCUUAAUGUAGAUGUUUCACAUCAGGGCAACUACAGCUGUCAUUACUCCUACCAAAACAACACUAUUAAGUCACCUUUGAGCAAAACUGUUUCCAUCACUGUGGUGAACUUGCAGCAGCCACGCAUUUCCCACAGUGCUCCUGAUGGAUUGUUUGACGAGGAGCUUCAGGGGCCAGUGAUCACCAGGGGCCACAGUUUCACUAUCAUCUGUUCCACUGAAUCUCAGUAUCCUGGAGGCUCUUUUCACUUGUUCAGAGGGUCAAGCAUCACAAAGACUGAGUCAGCUGUCAGUCACUCUGCCUCUUUCUUCUUUCCUGAGGCAGAAUAUUCAAAUGAGGGAAACUACAGUUGUGUUUAUGAAGUCAGUGUCUCCUCACGCUCCUUCCGUUCAUCUGCCUCCAACCUGCUGCUCAUCACUAUCACAGAUCCAAGAUUGGUCAGUGGGACUGACUCAUGCUGUGGAAGAGUGGAGAUCCGUUAUAAGGGCCAGUGGGGAACCGUGUGUGAUGAUAACUGGGACAUGAAUGAUGCUGCUGUGAUGUGCAGACAGUUACAGUGUGGAUCAGCCAUCAGUGCACCUCACAGUGCUGCCUUUGGUGAAGGCAGUGGAUCAAUUUGGCUGGAUGAUGUUGAAUGCUCAGGAAGUGAAGGAACCCUCACACAAUGUUCACACAAAGGACUAGGAAAACAUAACUGUGGUCAUGGUGAAGAUGCUGGUGUUGUUUGUUCAGGCGACCUGCAGAUGCCGACCCUUUCUUUGACCUCCACACAUUCAGUUGUUUCUCCUGGAGAAAAUAUCCAGUUCAGAUGCACAACACCUAAACCAAGAUGCAAUGCUAAUGCUGAAUUCCAGCUCUUCAGAAACGGACCAUCUAUAUCCUCCCAGAAACAUGUAUCUGGUGUGACUUUCAACCUUGUUAAUGUAGAUGUUUCACAUCAGGGCAGCUACAGCUGUCAUUAUUCCUACCAAAACACUAUCAAGUCACCUCUGAGCAAAACUGUUACCAUCACUGUGGUGAACUUGCAGCAGCCCAGCAUUUCCCACAGUGCUCCUGAUGGAUGGUUUAACAAGGAGCCUCAGGGGGCAGUGAUCACCAGGGGCCACAGUUUCACUAUCAUCUGUUCCACUGAAUCUCAGUUUCCUGGAGGAUCUUUUCAAUUGUUCAGAGGGUCAAGCAUCACUAGGACUGAGUCAGCUGUCAGUCACUCUGCCUCUUUCUUCUUUCCUGAGGCAGAAUAUUCAAAUGAUGGAUACUACAGUUGUGUUUAUGAAGUCAGUGUCUCCUCACGCUCCUUCCGUUCAUCUGCCUCUGAGCUGCUGCUCAUCACUAUCACAGAUCCAAGAUUAGUCAAUGGGUCUGACUCAUGCUGUGGAAGAGUGGAGAUCCGUUAUAAAGGCCAGUGGGGAACCGUGUGUGAUGAUGACUGGGACAUGAAUGAUGCUGCUGUGGUGUGCAGACAGUUACAGUGUGGAUCAGCCAUCAGUGCACCUCAUAGUGCUGCCUUUGGUCAAGGCAGUGGCUCAAUCUGGCUGGAUGAGGUUAAAUGCUCAGGAAGUGAAGGAACCCUCACACAAUGUUCACACAGUGGACUAACAAAUCAUAACUGUAAUCACAGAAAGGAUGCUGGUGUUGUUUGUUCUGGCGACCUGCAAAUGCCGUCCCUUUCUUUGACCUCCACACAUUCAGUUGUUUCUCCUGGAGAAAAUAUUCAGUUCAGAUGCACAACACCUAAACCAAGAUGCAAUGCUAAUGCUGAAUUCCAGCUCUUCAGAAACGGACCAUCUAUAUCCUCCCAGAAACAUGUAUCUGGUGUGACUUUCAAUCUUAAUGUAGAUGUUUCACAUCAGGGCAACUACAGCUGUCAUUACUCCUACCAAAACAACACUAUUAAGUCACCUUUGAGCAAAACUGUUACCAUCACUGUGGUGAACUUGCAACAGCCCAGCAUUUCCCACAGUGCUCCUGAUGGAUGGUUUGACGAGGAGCUUCAGGGGCCAGUGAUCACCAGGGGCCACAGUUUCACUAUCAUCUGUUCCACUGAAUCUCAGUUUCCUGGAGGCUCUUUUCACUUGUUCAGAGGGUCAAACAUCACAAAGACUGAGUCAGCUGUCAAUAACUCUUCCUCUUUCUUCUUUCCUGAGGCAGAAUAUUCAAAUGAAGGAAACUACAGUUGUGUUUAUGAAGUCAGUGUCUCCUCACGCUCCUUCCGUUCAUCUGCCUCUGAGCUGCUGCUCAUCACUAUCACAGCCUCCCUGCUUCCUGUCAUUGGUGCUGCAGUGUCAGCUGUACUGCUCUUAUUGUCUGUCCUCAUAAUCAUCCUCCUGCUGAAGAGAAGACAAAAAACUGCAGCUAAUACAUAUGCAGGUACAUCCCAUGAUAACAAAAAUGAAGAGAAUGAUGAGGCUGUUUAUGGAAAUGUACAACCUGAUGAAAACAUGGAUCAUGAUGAUUCUGAACCGGACUAUAUCAAUGUGGACUCUGAUCAUUCUGAACAGGACAGUGUGAAUGUGGAUACUGAUGACUCUGAAGAGCACUAUGUCAAUAAUCUGCUGAUACUGGCUGGAAUCCAUGUGACCCUCAACUCUGACAUGGUUUCUAGUACCUGUUCUUGCCCCACAGCCCCACAGGAUGAUGGACCCUCCACCAAAUUUUACAGUACAUGA